GGGGAGGAAAAAAAACUCCGGCUGGGGAAAAUCGUUUUGAACGGCCAUCCGAUGCUAGUCGGACAUAGGAAACUCGGAAAUGUCAGACUUAUUGAUUCGUUGAACGCGGCACGUGUAUAACUAAAACCAGUUAGCAAGUCGGACAUUUCAGAGUUUCUUAGUUCCGACUAAAAGAUCACUGACGUCACGAUUUGACCUCAUUCUUUCACGAAUACUAAGUUGUCUUGAAAGCAGCGAUUAGCUGGAGCCGACGCUUGCGUUAGUCCUCAUAUUCAUUCAAAUAAUAUGUUUUGGGUGUCAUCAAUGUGUGUGCUCUUUUUGGGCGAGAUUGUGUAAGACGUCAUUCACAGGCGCCUUUGUUUUUGCUAUCUUGCGGCUAGCAGCUAGCUCACCGGAGCUUUGUGUACUAAGGUAUUUUAUCUAAAUUAUAGCAUUCUAUUGACGUUUUGUUGAUAUAGUAAUCUCUAAACGUUGAGCCGUUCACCGUCAGACAAAGUUUCUACCGAACAAGGAGACCCAUGGAGUCGGCAGUGGAGACGGCGGAGAGUUCCCCCAUUGUUACAGAACGCGAGAAACCUAUUCGGUCUGCAGUAGAGACAGUGGAGCGUCCUUCUUCUACCAUUUCAGAAGGGAAGGAACCCACACCAUCAGCCGUGGAGGACCAGGAUGUCACCGUAGUUUCAGAAAGGAAGAAAACUACACCUUCUGCUGUGGAGACGGCAGACAAUGAUGUCACUAUCAUUUCCGAAAGCAAGAAGCCUACACCUUCUACAGUGGAGACGGCAGACGAUGAUGUCACUAUCAUUUCAGAAAGCAAGAAACCCACGACAGCACAGCUGGCAGUGGAGACCGUGGAGAAUGCCUCUAUAAUUUCAGAAAGCUCGUCACACGAAGGCCAUCGCCUGUGGAUCGGGAACAUCGAUCCUAAAAUCACAGAGUAUCACCUGGUGAAGCUUCUGGAGAAGUUUGGGAAGGUGAAACAGUUUGACUUCCUGUUCCACAAGUCUGGACCGUUGGAGGGCCAGCCCCGAGGAUACUGUUUCGUUAACUUCCACACCAAAGAGGAGGCUGAGAGGGCAAUCCAUUGUCUGAAUGGGAAGCUGGCCCUGUCCAAGAAGCUGGUGGUGCGCUGGGCACACGCACAGGUAAAGAGAUUUGAGGGUUUUAGAGGGGAUAAGAAUGGUCCUGCCAGCCUGGAGCCAUCCUGCAGCGCAGAACUAGACUUACCAACCAAUCUCAGUACGAGUGCGAAGAUUCGUGCGAUCGAGGCCAAGCUUCAGAUGAUGGAGGAGAACCCAGACGAGGAGUACCAGGGCCCCUCAGCCUACAUGUACAACAAGCCUCCGGAGAAGAAACGCCAACAGCCUUACAGCAGACCCUUCCGCAAGUUCAGGAGAUGACACACAGGGGACGGAACAUCCAACACCUCGGCUUGCCAAAAUUCCCCCGGUAACUUUCCCCAAACUCCCAGGUUUUCCAGAAUUCCUUGUUUGAAGAUUCCCCGUGUUCGAAGAUUCCCAAUAUCAGAAGGGAAUAAGCAGGACAUUUGGAAUCCUCCAACCAGGAUUUCUGGAAAACUUGGGAAUUUUGACAAAGUUACUGGAAUUUUGCAACCCUACCAAUACCUGACUGGCUCAGUGACUUCCUCUACAGCGGUCUCCUGUAAUACAUUAACAGAUUCCAAGACAAUUGAAGUGCUAAUUAACGUUACCAUGAUGCAAACGUAUAUAUGGAAUAUGCUCAGAUUGUUAAAUUAUUAUUACACUGUAGUGUUGUGGGAGUUGCCUGAUGCCAAUCUGUUUGUGCUAUUAUCCCAACUCCUUGUCACUCAUUGACAAUGACUGCAAUGAAGUUGGCAAGAGCACAAAAAGAUCUGGGACCAGGCUAUAGUGGGAGUCAGGCCACCAAACUGUAUGACUUCAGGUUUGGACAGAUGGCACAACAAGCCAUUACAUUUUUUUCCUAUUGUGUGUUUACUUGGAAGAGGAAUUAUAAUUUUUUUGUCAAGGAAGGUUUUGUUUUUUUGUAAUCUACUUUUCUACAACUUCAGCCAAAACUAUUUUCAAUGGCUAUAUGUAUUGUAUGAUGUGUAGAAUAUCACACCUUCCAUUUAUCUUACUAUUGUUUUUUUGUUUGGAUUUUUUCAAAUACACUGUUAUUGUAAUGUUUCAUUUCUGUCUUUGCUGUUCAGUGUUGGGAGUUUGACAUUAUUACCCUUCAGAAUUCCAAUUUGACCUGAUGUAGUGGACUAAUACAGUAUAAUACGUUUCCCACAUGCUCUGAGUUACUUGUUAUCAUUAGCUACAGGCCGACAUUAUCAUGUUGGUCUGUAACAAAAAAGAAGGCAAGGCAUAAAAUAAUGUAUUUUAAAACUGAGUGGUUGUCACCAUUCUGUGUUUCUUGUGAUCAAAGAAGGUUACGCUAAAUGUAUUUUAUUCAUAACACAUGUGGCUAUGUUUGAGUGUGAUUUGAGGGUCAUCAUAAGUGGAGAAUGUUGAGCAACUUUGGGCAAUAUAACUAUUUUUAUUUAUGCUAUGACACCCAGUAAACGACAUUGCAACUCAACUCGUAGAUUACAUUGUUCAAUCAUAAAAUUGUCUUUGAAAACAAAUAAUAUUUGUAUUUUUUUUAUUUCAAUGUAAAUAUACCGCCCUAUAUUGUU